CAUUUUUGACAUGGCUUCUCGUAAAAUUUACCAUAAUGCUUGAUCAGCUAAAUCCUAAGAAUAAACCCUAGUUCUCACUCUCCCUAUAGUUCACACUCCUCCACACUCAUUUCUCAAAUCUUGACCGUCCGUUCAGCGCUCGCCGGCUAUCCACGGUCGUCAAUUCUGGAUUUUGCUAAGUCUUUGAGGGUGUAGUAUAUUUGUUGGGUCGAAACUUUGAGCAAGGGUUUUGGGUAUUGAAAAUUUAUAUUACUUUCUUUGAGAGACAUGAGCUUGAGGCACUUAGUUUCUCGGAAAACAAUCAACAAUCUAUCAAGAACCAAUGGGAAAUCACCAUCAAUGUACCCGUAUAUUUACAGGAAUUUCACCACAAUUACUGCCCCAAUAUCUUCUCGGUUUCAUUUUCCAAAUAGUGAUGGAAGCUUUAAACCCCUCCAAAACCCUAAUUGCCUUAAACCCAUUUUGUCUUUCAGUACGCACAUUCACUCUGCUGAUGGAACUAAACUGAGCCACUUAGGUGGAUACCCAAAACUCAAUUCAGAGGAAUUUGAGGAGGAGGAGGAGGAGGAGGAUGGGACCAUGAAUGAGUUCUUGUCCCGAUUUGUUUGGAUAAUGCGUGGGAAGCUCUAUGAAGUUUACACUGACUGUGAUAAGGAGACAAUUGAGGCAAUGCUUUUGGUCGUUGUUGGGAAAGUUGUGUCGGAGAUGGAAAAGGGUGGUCUUGAGCAGAUGCUUGGUGCUGCAGUGGCCGCUCCUUCACAGGAUUUUAGUGAGGAUUUAUGGAGAACAGUUUGGGAAGUGAGUAAUAUGGUUUUGGAUGAUAUGAGAAAGGAGAAAAUGAAGGAAAAGAUGAAGGGGUUUCUGCAAUCUGAAGAAGUUAAGGAAAUGUGCAGGUUUGCCGGUGAAGUUGGUAUUCGCGGGGAUAUGCUGAGAGAGCUUAGAUUCAAAUGGGCUCGCGAGAAAAUGGAGGAAAGUGAGUUUUAUGAGAGUUUGGAGCGCAUGAGAGAAGAAGCUCGAGCCCAAGAUGAAGGGGAGAAAUCAGAGGGCAAGCAAGCUGAAACAAUGGGUGAUGAGGCUGUUAUGGCUGAGGAGAAGCCUAAAGUUGUUAGUCUUCCUAAGAGACGAGGGAAGAUUAGGUACAAGAUUUAUGGUCUUGAUCUCUCUGACCCAAAAUGGGCUGAGGUGGCUGAUAAAAUUCAUGAGAGAGGGGAGCUCAUUUGGCCUGAGGAACCAAAGCCAAUAUCUGGGAAAUGCAAACUGGUGACUGAGAGUAUUCUUUCGUUGAAUGAGGAGGAGGAUCCAUCUCCAGUUUUGGCUGAAUGGGUAGAGCUUCUUCAACCUAGCCGGAUUGACUGGAUCACUUUGCUUGACAGAUUGAAAGAGCAAAAUAAUAGUGUAUAUUUUAAGGUAGCAGAACUUGUACUGUGUGAAGAGUCGUUUCAAACAAACAUCCGUGACUACUCAAAGCUUAUUGAUGCCCAUGCCAAAGAGAACCACUUAGAAGAUGCUGAGAGAAUUCUUAAGAAGAUGAAUGAAAAUGGUAUAGUGCCUGAUAUUUUAACAGCCACAGUUUUGGUUCACAUGUACAGCAAAGCAGGCAAUAUUGAACGUGCCAAAGAAGCAUUUGAAAGUUUGAGGAGCCAGGGAUUCCAACCAGACAUGAAGGUCUACAACUCGAUGAUCAUGGCAUAUGUAAAUGCUGGCCAACCCAAGUUGGGUGAGUCACUGAUGAGAGAGAUGGAGGCAAGAGACAUGAAACCCACACAGGAAAUUUACAUGGCAUUACUUCGGUCAUUUGCUCAACGUGGUGAUGUUGGUGGAGCAGGACGAAUUGCAAACACCAUGCAGUUUGCAGGUUUUCAACCAAGUUUGGAGUCUUGUACUUUGCUUGUUGAGGCAUAUGGGCAAUCUGGCGACCCUGAUCUGGCAAGGAGCAACUUUGACUAUAUGAUAAAAGUUGGGCAUAGACCUGAUGACAGGUGCACUGCUAGCAUGAUUGCAGCAUAUGAGAGGAAGAAUUUAUUGGAUAAGGCCCUAAAUCUUUUGUUGCAACUUGAGAAGGAUGGAUUUCAGCCCGGAGUUGCCACUUACACUGUUCUUGUGGAUUGGUUGGGUAAAUUGCAGCUAGUUAACGAGGCUGAGCAGCUAUUGGACAAGAUUGUUGAGCUGGGUGAGGCCCCUCCUUUUAAGGUGCAUAUAAGCCUUUGCGAUAUGUACUCAAGGGCUGGAGUGGAGAAAAAAGCCCUUCAAGCACUAGGGGCUCUGGAGGCUAAGACAGAGCAACUGGGGCCUGAUGACUUUGAGAGGAUUAUAAAUGGGCUUUUGGCUGGUGGCUUUAUGGAGGAUGCUAAAAGGAUACAUGGGCUGAUGGAGGCCCGGGGUUUUGCUGCAUCAGAACCACUUAAGGUGGCCUUGAUGGCAUCUCAAGCUUUUAGCCGCAGGAGACCUACAAUGAGAUAGUUUGUUGGUAUUUUGUGAAUAUUUCUCAAGUCUUUUGCUGCUAGAAACAAACAAUGAGAUUGUUCUAUAGUCCAAUUGGAAGCCAUAGAACACAGCAAGCAGCAGGUUAUUAUCCAUAAAAGGGGUGAGUUUAGGCUCUUCACCAACAUCAUCUUAGCUUAUUAUAUGAGUUUUGAGAUGGUUCCCAUGCCCAUAUUUUUUGGUGCCUUCUUCCAUAAUAGACAUACAUUGUGUCAAUAGACACAGGCAAGCAUUUUAUUAUGUACUUCAAUUUUCUGUUUUUAGCAUGCCCUGUAUCAUUAUGUGCUCAUAGGUUGACUGACCUUUAGCUCUCCUAUGGUGAAUACAUUCCCGCAAGGGCAGUUCACGAAACCCCAGCAUAUGGGACUGUCAAUCACUCCUGUUAAGACUCAGUUUUACAUUUUUUUUUUUUUUGGUUUAUUUAUUUUUUCCUGACUGAUCCUGCUGGAGAUAUCAAUUCAUUCCUGUGAUUUGCAACAAGCUCAUCAUGAUAUGAAUCUUGAAUAUAUUUCUCUUUUCUUUUUUA